UGUAAGCUAUGGCGAACAAAAGACUCCCCUCUGUUUUACAAAGAUGGGGAUAUUGUAAUUGGAGGAAUCUUCAGUUUUCAUAGAAAUUUUCAAGUGAAGAUACCAAGAUUCACAGCUAUGCCAGAAGCUUUAAAAUGUGAAAAUGUUAAUUUUAGAGAAUUUCAGCUUGCACAGACUAUGAUCUUUGCCAUAGAAGAAAUCAAUCGAAAUCCUGAAAUGUUCAAUGGUAUUACAAUGGGGUACAGAAUUUAUGAUUGCUGUGGUUCCAUAACACAGUCUAUAAAAUCAGCAAUGCUUUUAAUGAAUUUACAGGAUGAAAGUGUUACUGAGCAAAAUUGUGUAAAGCCCUCAUCUGUGAUAGCAAUUAUUGGACAUUCAGAAUCAUCAUUAACAAUUGGAAUUGCUACAACUAUUGGACAAUUUCACAUACCUCUGAUUAGCCAUUCUGCUAGCUGUGCUUGUCUCAGUAAUAAGAAAGAGUUCCCAACAUUUUUCAGAACAAUUCCCAGUAAUUAUUAUCAAAGUACGGCACUAGCAGAGCUUCUGAAAUACUUUGGAUGGACCUGGGUUGGAACAAUACGAAGUGACAAUGAUUAUGGAAAUUAUGGAAUGGCGACCUUUAUAGAAGCUGCACAAAAAGAUGGUGUGUGUAUUGAGUAUUCCGAAGCAAUUUACAGAACGUAUCCAAGAGAGAAAUUUUUGGAAACAGUGAAAGUUAUCAAAGCAUCAUCUUCAAAGGUUAUUGUGGUAUUUGCAUCUUUUGUAGAUUUUGAAUUUCUGGUCAAAGAAUUACUGCUUCAGAAUGUGACUGGCAUCCAGUGGCUGGGCAGUGAAUCUUGGAUCACUGCUAAGAAUUUUGCUGGGGAUCAAGGAAAUGAGAUGUUAAAAGGUGCAAUUGGAUUAGCCACAAGUAAUUCUUUAAUAGUAGGACUGGAAGAUUUCUUAUUGAAUCUCCGGCCAUCUGAUAAUCCAGAAAAUUCCUUUUUAAAAGCUUUCUGGGAAGAUGUGUUUAACUGCACUUUAACAAAUGAAACUGGGAAAAUAAGUAAACCUUUUUGUACAGGUUCAGAAAAUCUGAGAGAAGUAAAUAAUCAGUUCACUGAUGUAACUGAAAUGAGGAUACCAAAUAAUGUGUACAAAGCUGUUUAUGCAAUUGCAUAUGCCGUACAAAAUCUUGUCGUGUGCAAAAACAUGGAGGACCAGUUAUUAAACAAAACAUGUCAAAAAAGCAAAACAAUACAGCCUUGGCAGCUUCUUCCAUACCUGACAAUGGUGAACAUUACAUUAAAAAAUAAAGAAAAUGUUCAUCUUACAGAGGAUAGCAAUGUACGAUAUGAAGUAAUAAACUGGCAACUUACUACUGAAGGCAAAGCAGAAUUCAUUACAGUUGGCUAUUAUGACACCUCUCUCCCAGUGAAUCAGAGGUUCACAAUGAACAACAAUCGUAUCAUUUAUACUGGCCAUCAAAUUCAGAUCCCCACAUCUACCUGCAGCGAGGACUGUCCUCCUGGCACACGCAAGGCGGUUCAGAGAGGAAAACCAAUUUGCUGCUUUGAUUGCAUAAAAUGUGCUGAAGGGGAAAUCAGUAAAGAGAUCAAUUGUUUAAAAUGUCCGUCAGAAUUCUGGUCUAAUGAAGAAAGGAACCACUGUCUUGAAAAGGAGAUUGAGUUUUUAUCAUUUGCAGAAAUUAUGGGGACACUGUUAAUGACAAUUUCAUUGGCUGGGGCAACUCUGAGCAUGACGAUUGCUUUAAUUUUCUUGUAUUAUAAAGACACACCUAUUGUCAAAGCUAACAAUUCUGAGCUAAGCUUCCUUCUCUUGAUUUCAUUAACGUUGUGCUUUCUUUGUUCUCUUACCUUUAUUGGCCAACCCUCAAACUGGUCAUGUAUGCUGAGACACACAACCUUUGGAAUCACAUUUGUCUUAUGUAUUUCUUGUGUUCUCGGCAAAACAAUAGUGGUACUAAUGGCUUUUCGAGCUACACUACCUGGUAAUAAUAUCAUGAAAUGGUUUGGGCCAACCCAUCAGAGGAUAAGUGUUUGUAGCCUAACUCUUAUACAGAUCCUUAUAUGUAUUAUGUGGCUGAUACUGUCACCUCCUUUUCCUAACAAAAACAUGAAACCCUACAAAGAAAAAAUCAUCUUGGAAUGCAAUAUGGGAUCAGCUAUUGCAUUUUAUGCUGUUAUUGGGUAUAUCGGAAUUCUUUCUCUGUUGUGUUUUGUACUUGCCUUCCUGGCACGCAAACUUCCAGACAACUUUAAUGAGGCAAAAUUUAUCACUUUUAGCAUGUUAAUAUUCUGUGCUGUCUGGAUCACAUUUAUUCCUGCUUAUAUUAGCUCACUUGGCAAGUACACAGUAGCAGUUGAAAUAUUUGCCAUCUUAGCUUCAAGUUUUGGUUUACUAUUUUGCAUUUUUGCACCAAAAUGUUAUAUUAUAUUGUUAAAACCAGAUAAGAAUACCAGAAAACAUGUAAUGGGAAAAUAA